CCCCAUGAGUUCUCCUGUGGAGUAUGUCCAUGAUCCUCUUUGCCUGCGUGGUGCGGGUGAGAGACGGGCUCCCGCUCUCGGCAUCCACGGACUUCCUGGACCAGGACUUCUUGGAAUGCAGGAAGAGGCUGAAGGCCUUGUCGUCCGUCCUGACGUGGUAUCCCAGUCGGGGGACAGCCAAAGAACGUGACCUCAGCAUACACUUCCAUUCUUCCGGGGAAGUCGCCUGCAUGGGCAUUUGUGCCAGCAGCUACCCGGCCGUCAUGGCGUUUUGCUUCCUGGAAGAGCUGCAGUGGGAAUUCGCCGCUGCCUACGACGUGACGAGCGUCGGCCUGGCUUCCAGACCCUAUGCUUUCCUGGAAUUUGACAGUGUCAUUCAGAAAGUCAAAAGCCGCUUCAGUGGCACCAACUGCGCUCCCCUGAAGCUCAACUUUGAAAAAAUCCGGGAAGAGCUCCAGCUGCGCCCUCCCCUGCAGGUGAAGCUGGAAGAGGCGGAGCUGGCGAACGGGAUGGCGAACGGGCACGCAGAGCUCCCCCUAGAGCCUGCCUCCACUCAGAGGAUGCAACCCGUGUCUCCUGCGGGCAUCUUGUCCCUCGUCCUCAACAUCAUGUGCGGGGCGCUGAAUCUCAUCCGAGGCGUUCACCUUGCAGAAUACUCAUUCCAGGAAGACCGCAGAGGAAUUGGGAACGUGAUCGCGUUCCUCGUCCCUUUUGUCGCUUGCUUUUUAUUGUGCUACCUUUACCUGUUCUACUGUUCGGCGCGGCGGGCCAAGGUCUUUGCGCUUUUCGUCACCAUCUGUGCGUGCAAUCUCUACCUGUACGGACCAAGGAACGUCUGGCAGAUCCUUUUCCACAUAGGGGUGGCCUCGCUGUCGGCGCAUCAGAUUCUCACGCGGCGAGUCGUGGAGAAGCAGCCGGACUGCGGAGUAUGAAAACGAACGUGGAAUGCCAAAACUUGGGGGAGGGCGAUAUUUCAUGCUGUUUGGCAGUCGUCUAGGCAACAGGGUGGGUUUUUUUUUUUUAAAAAAAAAGAAAAGCCAUGGUUCUCUCUGC